UGGGAGACAGUUAACACCAGGCGAAGAGGAAGGUUGGGGAAGUGAAUGAGGGCUUGAUGUAGGGAUUCAAAGGAGGAGAGAGAUUAUCUUAUUAUUUUCCACAAAGGAAGGUCAGACCAAAGAUAAAUUAUUGCAAGCCAAAAUGCUUUGCCAUGUUACACGUCCGGAUUCGGUGGUGAUGGAGGUGGAGGUUGAUACGAAGGCAAACGGCGAAGACUGUCUGAAUAAGGUUUGUAGGAAGUUGGGAAUAAUAGAAGUGGACUACUUUGGGCUACAGUACUCUGGCAGCAAAGGAGAGAACUUAUGGCUGAAUUUGAGAAACAGGAUCUCCCAGCAGAUGGACAGCCUGACUCCAUGCAGACUGCGGCUGCGGGUCAAGUUUUUUGUUGAACCUCACCUCAUACUGCAGGAGCAGACGAGGCACCUGUUCUUCAUGCACGUUAAGGAGGACCUUCACUGCGGCCACCUGCACAUGGGCUCGGAGCAGGCAGAGGAGCUGAGCGCCCUGCUGGCCCAGGCCGAGUUCGGGGACUACAACCAGAACACGGCCAAGUACUGGUACACAGAGCUGUGUGGCAGCGAGCCCAGCCCGGCCACAGUCAACAGCAUCAUCUCAAAACACAAGGAGCUGGAGGGCCUGAGCCCGGCCUCGGUGGAGUACCAGGCCCUGCAGCUGGUCUCCUCUCUGGAGCACUACGGGGUGGAGUGGCACUGGACCCGCGACGCCGAGAGCCAGCGGCUGGCCGUGGGAGUGGGGCCCGAAGGCAUCGCCAUCUGCAAGCAGGACUUCACCCUCGUCAACAGGAUUUCAUAUCCAAUUAUACAAAUAGCAACCCAAUCAGGAAAGAGUGUGUAUUUGACCAUCACAAAGGAAAGCGGUGACAGUGUGGUACUAUUCUUCAAGCUGAUCAGCCACAGAGCAGCCAGCGGACUGUACCGGGCGAUCACAGAGACGCACGCCUUCUACAGGUGCGACACAGUGACGAACGCGGUCAUGAUGCAGUACAGCCGCGACUUCAAGGGCCACCUGGCCUCGCUGUUCCUCAACGAGAACAUCAACCUGGGCAAGAAGUACGUCUUCGACAUCCGCCGCACGUCCAAGGAGGUGUACGACCACGCGCGACGGGCGCUGUACAACGCAGGCAUCGUGGACCUGAUGUCGCGCGCGGGCGAACGGUCGCCGUCGCGGUCGCCGCUCCGCCCGUCGCCGGGGCAACUGGACUGCGGGAGCUGCGAGGCCAACCGCGCUCUGCAGGAGAAGCUGAGGAAGCUGAGGGAGGCGCUCCUGUGCAUGCUCUGCUGCGAGGAGGAGAUCGACUCUGCCUUCUGCCCCUGCGGUCACAUGGUCUGCUGCCAGGCCUGCGCCAACCAGCUGCAGUUGUGUCCGGUGUGCCGGUCGGAGGUGGACCACGUGCAGCACGUCUACCUGCCCACCUGCACCAGCCUGCUGAGCCUAACGGUGACAGACAACGCUCCCCUGUCCAUCCACCGGGCCAUGGGCCCUAACCACUGCAAUACCAAGGACUACUCCACCAAUGAGAAGAUGUGUCACACGUGAAGGAGUAUCUCCGUCUGCGUCCGCUUCAUCGUCUGCGUGCCGUUGCUCGUUUCUCAGACAGGAAUUUCAAUCGGUCGUCGCAAAAUUAUUUUUUAAAAGCCAAUGAGGAUGUGUUUUCUUUCUUUCUUUUUUUAUUUAAAUAUACCUGUAAACUAUUUUUAAUAUAUAUAUAUUUAAUAUUAUAUAAACGUAUCAGUUGACCUGAUGAGCAAUAGCAGUAGGGAUUUGUUUGUGCGUUUGUUUGUGUCUUUCUCCAUAUUUUUCUGCAUAACUAUUUUUGGCACCAAGCCCGAAACUUUUGUACAAGGAGGAAAUAAUGCUGUCUUUUAUUGCAUAUAAACCCAUACAUAUUUAUACAUUUUUACUCAUUUCACAUUUUAUGCUUUUAGCAUUUAAUCAUUGUUUUCUCACCCCAAACUCAUUUUCAGUUCAGUUUAACGAUGGUAUAUUAUUUUAAUUGUAUGUGGUGUUUGAAUAUUAUGUGUUGGUUUUUUUGCCAAUGAAAAGGUAUUUUUGGGCAAGAGAGCACAAACAUGGUCUACUACUAAAUCAUUAAAAGAUGAGGGUUGUAUUGUUAUUUCUGUGGCGGCUGUUUGUUCACACCCAGUGCUGAGCGCUCUGGAACUUUCUCCAACUCUCCAAAGGCGUAAAAUGGCUGACAGACACUCCCACCAGCUGACAAAAAUAACCCCUAAUGCAGGGAUAAGCUUUUGUCGGCAAGUCAGUGUUUUUCAAGGAGCACUGACUACACUAUCUGGAAGAUAUACAGUCGAUGGAUGAACUUGAAAUGGUCUAAGAAUUUAUGGUCCUUUUGGAUCGCAUACAUAAGUCUGACAUGAAAACAGUUGGAUUUGUAUAUAUAUAAUAAUUAGGGAUUAGACCUUAAUUCUACCCAUCAAUUUGUGCUUUUUAAACCAACUUUUACUUUGAUGUGGUCAACUAGUGUGUUCUUUGAAUUUAAAGGUACUAGAAGAUCUGCCAGUGCAAUAUUAGCUUUUAUGGAAAGCGAGGAGUUUUGGGUGGGUAGGAAAGAAUAUAUUAAAAAUCUACACUUUACGCGUCACUUUACCACAAAGGUUCCUAAGUGUAUUAUCCAUAGGGUUUGCCUUAAUGUAGCAACACAAUGUGUUCUGUAUGCAUUCUUGUUCUUUGCACAUAUAUUUGUCUAAAAAAGUAAAAUAAGAGGAUUUUUUAAUGACAAGUUACAGCACUGUUACUGCAGGGGAUGUUUUUUUCCGAUUUGUACAACUAGGCAACUAGGUAUUUUUUUCAGUUUGAUGCAAAAAAUACGCUCUGUAAAUGUAGAAAUAACUUAUGAUAUUUUAUAUUUCUUUGACAAGAAUGUAUCAAUAAAGGAUGUUUUUUUAAAAUACAAAA